GGUUCACUGGGCGUCAUGUGACACCGGGAUCACGUGAUCUGAACUCUGGCUCUCAGAGCCUCUGAACCAGACCGGACCGUGGACUGAUGCUGAGACACGAUGCUGCUGGUUCUGUCCGAGCAGCACAAAGGACAUCUGUCCUUCCUGUCCACCGUGGAGCCCGAGGUGGUGGCAGAGUUUGGACGGAUCGCUCUGGACUUCCUGAGACGAGGGACAAGCCCCAAGAUCUACGAGGCUGCAGCAAGGAAGCUGGGUGUGUCAGUGGAGCGGGUGCAGUGUGCCGUGGAGGGCCUCAUGUUCCUGGUGCUGGAGAGCUGCAGACACACGCUCUCUGAGACCGACUUCCUUGACUCUGUUCUGGUGCUGGGCUUCAGCCAGGACCUCAACAACACACUGCUUCAGUUGUACCUGCAGCAGAGUGCUCAGGUGCGCUCUGUCCUGGCUCAGCUCGCUCCCUCUCUGCCUGUCUACCACAGUCUGGAGUGGAGACUGGACAUCAAUGUGAAUGUCCAGCCGGUCCCUGAGGCAGCAGCUGUGUCCUGUCGUGACGCUUUGCCUGGGCCUUGCCAGUGGGGGCGCCAGUGGGCAGACACGCAGACUGCUCCAGGCUCGUCCCGGGACCCUCCUGCACCUGCUGUCUGUGCUGGAACAGGCCCUGGAUGCCAUGAAGAGCACCCACACCCGCCGCAUCCUGAGGAACAUCAAGUGAGCCUGCCGCACCUUCCACAUCCUCCACAUCCUGAAGAAUAUUAAGUUAACCUGCCACACUUGUCGCACCUGCCACACCUGCCACACCUGUGUGUUCUGAGGAACAUUAAGUGAAAAUGUUGCACCUGCUGCAUUCUCCCACCACACCCUGAGGAACAUCUAAUAUACUGGUUCUCAACCUUUUCAAUCAUGACCCCCCCGUAAUAACAGCUGGAAGGCUACUGCAGAAAGAGAAAGUCUUUUGUCUCAUGUUUGCUUAGAUAAAAUAAUAUGCUAGGCCAACUAAUAGGAAUGUACAGUUCUCACUGUAUUUGAAGAGUCAUGUUUAAGACUUUGCCAGACCCCCAGUUUGAGAAGCACUGAUUAAAUGAACCUGCUGCAUGUUUCUGAGAGACACAUGACUAUGGAGACGCUCAGGACAGGUUGAGCUCGGGACAAUGACUUAAGAUAUGAAGCCUUGUACUUCUGAUUUAGGAACAUGGUGAUUUUUAAAGUAAGGAAACAGGUUAUGGUUAAGGUUAGGGUUUGAUUAAAGAAUUGUUAUUAUGAAGGUAUUAUAAUUUUUUAAAGCUUUCUACCAUGUUCCUUACCUUGUACCCUCAAAACCUCAAGGUCUUAGAUGUCAUUCUUGGAUGUUUUGUAUUUUGGUGACCUCUUCCGGGCCCUAUUCAAACCCAUCUUAUGAUUAGCUGGAAGAUUCUGUCCAAUGCUCCAUAUGACAAUUCUCCAUAAAGACACAAAAACAUGAUACAAAACUGUGCAUAGCAACUUGACAAACAUGAAGUAAUGUGCAGGAGAUUCAUUAGUGGAAUGCACGCAGAUUGAGUUGUGAUUGUGCUCUGAAUGAGUGACUUGACACGGAGACCAAAGGAAGGGGGGACUCAUUUUCAAAAAUGUUAAAGGUGAUGUUAACAUGGUGAUCUAAAUAUGUUACAUGUUAGCAGGUAAUUAGCCAGGCUGGUGCCACCCAGUGCCUCCGCUCAGUUUAAUUUCUCUCCAGUGACUAGGUCAGAAAUUGGAAUACACUAGACGGUUUACAAGAACCCCGGAAGUGUGAGCCUGAGCACCAGCCAAUCAGCGAAGAGCCAUAUAUUUCUUCUUGAUUCUCGAGAUUGAGGAUUUAAAGCCGGAACAAAGAAAAUGGUGAAUUUUAUCAAGGGGAAAUUUAUUUAAUUUAUUUAUUGUCCUUCUUCCUACAGGAUUUGGGAAAAGCUUAAUAUACCAGUUAGCCCUGUUAGCGGCGCAUUACAUACAUCACAACCAAAUAGUAGCAAAAUGGUUAAAUAAAAAAAGUACUCGCCUACCGUCGAGCAAACAAAUUCUAACGUUGCAAGAUCAAACGGUUUCCACAAAGUGAAACUGACUGAUGAAGCAGGCUGGCAGUUAAUACCCCAUCGAAGUAAAAUACCCGCUCUUUAAGGGUGCGGUGGUUCGGGUGUGGUUAAGGUUAGGAACAGAACUGGAAAAUGUUUUGGGGUAGAUAACAUGUUGCAGAAACAAUUAUAAAAUGUGUCACUUAAAAGCUUCACCUCUCAACUUACACCAUAAAAUAAAACGGUCAAAAAUAGGCUAUAACAUUUUAGGCCUGUAGCAACAAACAGAGCUUCUAUGUGAUCACCUCCAUCCCUCCAGAGCAGACUGUUUAGCACUAACCUUUCACAAUGUUGACAUGACUCCAGAGACCAAAGGGGGCGCCUUUGUUCCACAUUCUGGAAAAGGAUGUAGUGUGUCAAAAAUGUAGAAUGUAUAUAAAUUGUGAGUAGAAUUACAACAGAUGUAUUUUCUAGUGCCAUUGUGCCUUGAGAUUUUACAUUUAAAGGAGCACUGUGUAACUUUUCUGGUAGACAGGAUGUUUCACAGUAUGGCUUUAAACGUAUCUAUCUUUACUCAUUACAAGUGUUUUAAUUGCUCACAAAUACCAUGAAAACGUGCAUUCUGACUGUGAGUAUGGUCUCCUCUCCACAGAUGUGACCUAUUAAGUGCUUUACUUCGUAGAUACAGAUUUGUGUUUUUGUUUUUUUUUGUUUUUUAAUAAAAGCUUAAACAAUC